AUGUUUCUUACGCGGUCUGAAUAUGACCGCGGCGUGAAUACGUUUUCACCCGAGGGCCGUCUGUUUCAAGUUGAAUAUGCAUUGGAAGCGAUCAAGCUCGGCUCGACGACUGUCGGCAUUGUAACCAAAGAAGGUGCAGUGCUUGGUGUGGAAAAGCGCGUGCAGUCAUCACUGCUUGAGAAUAGCUCCAUUGAGAAGAUCAUGGAGAUCGAUUCUCAUCUGGGUGCGGCCAUGAGUGGACUUACUGCUGAUGCACGCACUAUGAUUGACCAUGCGCGUGUUACAAGUCAAAACCAUCGGUUUGUCUACGAUGAAGAGAUCAAGGUCGAGAGUAUUGCGCAGGCUGUGUGUGACUUGGCCCUGCGCUUUGGCGAGAACACAGAGGAUGACGAAGCGCUUAUGAGUCGCCCAUUUGGGGUGGCGCUCCUGAUCAUUGGCAUCGAUGAAAAUGGGCCACAGCUCUUUCACGCAGAUCCUUCUGGCACUUUUGUGCGUUACGAUGCAAAGGCGAUAGGAAGUGGGUCGGAGGGCGCGCAGGGCGAGUUGCAAGAAAAGUAUUCGAAGGAUCUUUCGCUGCGUGACGCGUCUCUUCUGGCGUUACGUGUACUUAAGCAGGUGAUGGAAGAGAAGCUUGAUGAAAACAAUGUUCAACUUGCGCAAGUAACUCCUGCGACGUCAAAGGAUGGUCGACCUACGGGCGACUUUAGAAUCCUCGAUAAAACACAAUUGAAGGCGCUUGUGGAUGCUAUGUAG